AUUGCAUUGAAAUUGACGUAGAACAUCGUACACUCAGCAUAUCAUAAGAAUUGUAUAUAAAUUCAGAGCAUGGGUUCUGUCUCCAAGAAUAUUUGAUUUGAUUCCAUUAGUUUUCGGUUUUUAAAUUAUUUGUCGUUGAUUUUGUGCCGAAUUCACUGUCAAAGCAAUCAUGAUUAAAUUGUCGACCAGGCGAUUUGCAGUGGUUUUGUUUUUUCAAUGCUUAAUACUCCUUAUCGAUUUGGCCAUUAACAGUUUUUCUCAUCUGGCAAGGGACCGUCGUUCGACAAUAAUAUUCCUCUUUCUUUUCCAAGACAUUUGCUUGGUGCUCGCUUUCACUGUUUUGCUAUUCAGCUUGUAUUCAACCUAUGUGUUUCAAGCGGGUUUGGCCGAAUUGCUGUACAGCAAAUUCCGAGCAUCUCUGAUAGUGCUCGCUAUUUACUUUAUCUUGACCUUGUCACAUCAUAUCUGGAUCAUUAUCGAUCACCACAAAACACCAAACAAACAUGAAUGGUCCACUUCUCUAACAACACUGUUUAUCAUUCAACGAAUUUUUUCUCCAUUCUAUUAUUACACCUACAAAAGAGCUGCCCUGAAAAUGAGUGAUCCACGCUUCUACGAGAAUCUUGAUUGGGUUUCCGAAUUCCUGGCCAUUCGAUAAAUUACCAUGCAGAAAGACAGUUCUCAAAAAUAAUGACAAGUUGGAUGUGAAACGUGAAGUAAAUUGAUUAAUCAAUGAUAUAAACCGCAGCUGUUGUGAAUUCAAUUGUAUAAAACGUAGAUGGAAUGCAAUUAUAUGAGAUAAAUGUUUUUGACUAUGAUAUUUAACUGGAAAAUUGUUCGGUUUGAAAUGAAUACAAAAAAAUGAUAUUUUUGGCUAAAUAUACUCUGUAGC